CACUGGUCUCUAAGCCGGGGGGGGGCUCGCGGCAGCAGGUGAGAGCGCAGCGCAGAGCGGCCGGAGUAGCCGAGCGGAAAGCAGGAGCCAUGGGAAAGCUACAAGAAUUUGAUAUCACUUUUACCAACAACAAAGUGGUUUACGGCCCUGGAGAGUCCAUUAGCGGUACUGUGAAAAUACGAACCGCCAACUCGCUGCAGUACAAAGCCAUCAAGGUGAACUGUCAGGGCUCAUGUGGGAUCUCCAACAAAAUGAAAGACACCUCGUGGGCUCUGGAGGAGCAGUACUUCAACAGCACGCUGUCUGUUGCUGACAAAGGAACCCUGGCUGCGGGCGAACACAGUUUCCCCUUCCAGUUUCUCAUUCCAGUCACUCCCCCGACUUCCUUUGAGGGACCCUUUGGGAAGAUUAGUUACCGUGUGAGGGUGGCCAUUGACACGCCUCGCUUCUCUAAGGACUACAAAGCCCAGAGGCCCUUCUACAUACUCAACCUGCUCAACCUCAAUGAGGUGCCUGAAAUUGAACUUCCGAGUUACGCUGUGACCACUAAGAAGUUCAGCUACCUCCUGGUGAAGACGGGGACCCUGAUGCUGAAGGCUCACAGUGACCUGAGGGGUUACAUCCCGGGGCAGGUCAUCAAGUUAGCCACUGAGAUCCACAACAAGUCUGGGAAGGACACAGGAUGUGUGUUGGCCAGUCUCAUACAGAAAGUGACCUAUAAGACCAAGCGGCCUGUGUUCGACCUGCGGACCAUCGCAGAGGUGGAGGGAGCCGGAGUAAAGGCGGGAAAACAUGCCGAGUGGAGAGAGCAGAUCAUCGUCCCUCCUCUCCCUCAGUCUGCGCUGGCCGGCUGCAGCCUCAUAGACAUCGACUACUUUAUUCAGGUGUCCCUGAAAUCUCCCGACGCGGUCGUCACUUUGCCCAUCUACAUUGGGAACAUCGCUGUGAACUUGUCUCCGUCGAGGGCCAUGCCGUCCACUCCAGAGCACGCCAUUGCGCCCACAGCGGCAGGCGUGACGCCCAGUGCCCCGCCGGCGGAGGAGGAGCCAGAGGAGGGGCUGUGUGCCGGGGGCGUGGCCAGUGAGGAUAUUCCAACCAAGAGUCACUCUCAGCAGGAUCCCUCGUGUCAGCCUGUCACCAUGUCCCCCAGCGCGUUCAGCCACGCGCCCGGCGCAGCCCUUCCUCCCAGCCACAGGCGGCCCGACGCGUCCGCUCCCCUGUUCUGCGUGUCCACCGGGGCCACCAUACCUUUCUUCACCGAGGGAGGAAACGCGACUCCUAUCCCCACUUCCUGUUCUCUCAUCCUCCCUCCAGAGUACAGCAGCUGGGACUACCCUCAUGAGCCCCCACCCAGUUACGAGGAAAGCUGCAGUAGCGCCGACUCCAGUUUCAACAGCAGACAGUAGAGAAGAAGCAGGUGAUGAAGCAUCAUGGCCACGCCCACCCACACCUGUUUGCAUUCGCCUCUCGACAAAUCAGGACAGCGACAUGCCUCCACCCCCCAGAAAAACCCCAAAGAUUGUUUCUUUGUCCUUGAAUAAUUUAAAAAAAGGGAUCGUAUCUUAUAUUGAAUAUAAGUUUUUUUUUUUUUUUUUUCACCCCCGUGUCCCAUCAGGGUUGGGUCAGACAGAACGGGGGAACAUCACUGUGCCUAAAAGGAGUAUUUUGGAUCCUCAUACAGCAUUUAGAAUAUUCAGUGAUUGGGCGUGGUUCUUUCAUGGGGCGGAGUAAAAUCUGUCAUGUUUUUAUUUUAUUUAAAUUUUUUUCAAUGACUCUUUGCAUCUGUGAUGCCUUGAAAAUGAUUUUGGCCUACUGAAGGCUCAUGUUUGACAUCGAUCAAACGUUGGGCCUUUUUUGUAGUCUUGUUCCAAUUGUGCACUUGUUAUCGUGGUCCACCGCUGUCUGUCUGCGUCAGCUGUGUCUCAGUUGUCCUCAUCGUCAGCAGGGCAGAGCUGUCUUCAUGCUGGAGAACGUUUUGCCAGAAAAUUGGGGUUGGACUAGUUAAAACCACAGUGUGUAGGAUUUUUCCGUCUUUUAUAGCAUCGCAGAUUUAUUCCGAUGGCUAAAGUCUGUGUUUGAGGAAACCUUAGCCAACCCCAGUGAAAAUGACUGAAGUCUGUGUCUGUACUGGCAUACAUCACUGUCUGCUACCGCGUCUUAUUUUAUAAUAAGACUACAAGUUGGCAGUCAGAAAUCGUUAAAAUCCUACACAUAGGGGGUUUAAAGACAAAUCAUGUCACAGAAACACCUCUCAGUUGUAUAACUCAAAACAAAGGUAGCAAAAAAAUACUGUAGUUUAUAAAAAAUAAAUCCAGUCACACUAAAAUCUGUAUGUUUUUAAACAUUGUUUUUAUCGAUAUGACCAAUUGGAAUAUAUACUUUUUUUUUUGUGGCCAAGAUAAUUUAUGUUGACAAACUGGAAUGCAUUUUGAAAACGUGUCUCACCUGUGUACCGCCACCGCAUGUUGGCUCAUGUAGCCAAGAGGUUUUGCCUUGACACCAGUUUUGUAUUCAGCAGACCGUUUAUAUCUGCAGAUGAGGCUCCUUUCUCCUGCAGCGGCAUACGAGGACUGCGGUACUGACGCGGUCUUUCUCUGCCCUCUUGUGGUCAUCACAAGUUUCUCUCUACUCCUCUUGAUCCUGGAGCAACACAACCAGCCAUGCAAACUGGAACACUACACUGAGGCUCUGCUUCUGUGAUGCACCGACUGAGGUCUGCUGUGCUGUGCAAAUGUACAUCUCGUUUUUUUGAGCAGAACCGACAGAUUUGAGGUGUGAGAUGCGUGUCGUUGCGAGACGUGAUGCAAGUCGUUUAGCGUCAUUGUUUCCGUCUGAAUGAGAUUGUGUGUUGGUUCCUCUCCCGUCUUUUGCCUUAACCUUCUGUUAGUGUUACAUUAGUGAGAUGAGAAUCCUCUGAAACUUCAGGUGGUGCAGAUGAUAAACAUACUGUACAUGUGCACUUUUCACUUUUUUUUUUUAUUUGCAUGGAUAUGUGUGUGUGUGUGUGUGUGUGUGUGUGUGUGUGUGAGUGUGUGGUGUGUGUGUGUGUGUGAGAGAGAGAGAGAGAGAGAGAUAGAACUUGGACAAGUUCACAUGAGGUCUGUUUUCACUCAAACUCAACAAUUUGAAAUAGAUUUUUGAUUCAGCACCUGUGCAGGUAAAUGAUCUGUUAAAGACAUUUCUCUUUGCCUGUGUACAAGGGCUGGGUGAUAAUUCUACAUUUUUACCUGUCGGCAUAAUCAAUGCCAUUCAGGAGGACUGUUGUAUCAGAUUUUGCAUACGUCGGUCAUAUUUUUCUUAUCUUGAUGACCUUAAAUAUCUUUAUGUAUGUGAUUAGAAUGACUUCAACCAUUUCGCCCGGCCCUACUGUGUUUUCAAAGCAUUUUUCUGUGGUAAACUAACACCACUGAAAAUCUAAAGCACAACUGCUAUCCUGAAUGUGCGUGUGACUUUUGAUGUGCUUGUCUUAUUUUACAACAUGUAAGUACAAUCUCCAAGUCCAUUCUGUGAAUUGAGAAUGGAAAAAAAAAAAAAAAAAUCCAAGUGCUGAUGUUGGCUCCUGACUGCAGAUUGUGUUCCCACGUUACCAGGAUUUUGUAUUUUAUUUUGUGAGACACAUCAGCUCAGAAAUUUCCACCGAAAUCUGGUUCUACAUUAUUGUGAAUGCAUGCCUUAAACAAUCUAGAUUCCCACCCCCUCAUCCAGGAGCUUGUGAUGGACCUUCUUCUUCUCUGUCAGGGAGGACAUCAGGACCUACUCUCUUCCUGUUUUGUCUCCUGUGGACUGUGCUAAGUGUACUUGAUGUAUACAAAUGUAGCGUUUUAAAAACCGCAAGGACGCUGGACCUGUUGAACUUGUUUUUAGAAAAUAUGUGCAAUUUGUUUUAUCUCCAAGAAUGCAGCAGCAGCAGCAGCAACAACUCCCUGAAGUCAUUUCAAACUGCCUUUAUCGAUCCUGAUUCUGUUUAAUUCUUUGCCACCAAAAGGUACUAUAGCUUUAUGAAGCCCCACUUGUUCUGUGUGUUGUUUUGUUUUUUCACUUUCCCCCCUCACAUAUUGAUGAGUGGUGUCUGGUUUUGUAUUUUUCUACGUAAACUGUUUACAGGUGCAGUAUGCAGAUACUAAUAGUAGCACCUCAAUCAGUCAAUGUAAUAUUUCAACAUACAGUGCGAAUCUAAGUUGUACAGUACAGAAUAACAAUAAAAAAAUAUAUGACAUGCU